CUACACCGGCUUUGUUUUGAAGGCGGAGGAAGAGCCGGAAGCCAAGGUGACGUCACCGGAAAGUGACGUGCUUUGAAUGGACAACUGGCGGAUCCCCAACCCGAAACAAACAUGACGGACGAGAACGCCGACGCCGAACAGGCGAUGGAGCACGCCACGGCGACGGAAAACCCGCACGCAGAGUUCGGCCUGACCGACAGCAUCCAGCGGACGUUGGAGCAAGAGAAGUCGUCCAAGCAGAAGGUGGACGUGCAGGCGCUGCCAACGCGCGCCUACUUGGACCAGACGGUGGUACCCAUCCUGCUGCAAGGCCUGGCCGUGCUGGCCAAGGAAAGGCCUCUGAACCCCAUCGAGUAUCUGGCGGCGUUCCUGCUCAAGAACAAGUCCCAGUUUGACGAGCGCAAUUGAAAUGACCCUUUGUUCAUGUUGAUAAUAAAGAAAUGUUGACCCACC